AUGUCGUCCCAAGCCCCCCACCCCACCUUGUUGAUUCCCGGACCCAUCGAGUUCGACGAUGCUGUCCUCCAGUCCAUGGCCCACUAUGCUGAGAGCCACGUUGCCCCUGGCUUUGUCAAGACCUUCGGAGAGACAUUGACCUUGGUGCGCAAGCUCUUCCAGUCCACUAACCCCGCCGCCCAGCCCUUCGUCAUCUCCGGUAGCGGCACUCUGGGCUGGGACGUCGUUGCCUCCAGCUUGGUCGAGAAGGGAGAGAAUGCUCUCGUCCUGCACACCGGCUACUUCGCCGACUCCUUCGCCAAAUGCUUGGAAACCUACGGUGCGAACGCAACACAGCUCAAGGCACCCAUUGGGGAGCGUCCGUCGUUCGAGGAGAUCGAGCAGGCCCUGAAGGAGAAGCCCUACAAGGUCAUCACCAUCACCCACGUCGAUACCUCGACCGGUGUGCUCAGCGACAUCAAGCGCAUUGCCGAGAUCGUUCGCCGUGUCAGCCCCCACACCCUGGUGGUUGUUGACGGCGUCUGCAAAGGCCAUCGGUUGCCCCCCGGUCUCAGCAUCCUGAUGACCUCCGCCCGCGCCCUCAACGUCUUCAAGAACCGCCAGUCUCCCCCCGCUUCAUACUACGCCUCCAUCGCCAACUGGCUCCCCAUCAUGCAGAACUACGAGAACUUCAAGCCCUCCUACUUCGCUACCCCACCCACCCAGCUGGUCCACGCCCUGCACACCACCCUGUCCCAGAUCACCUCCCGGCCCAUGGCUGAGCGUUUCGCCGUGCACACCCAGGCUUCGGACCGUGUCAAGGCCGCUGUCGCCGAGCUUGGCUUGAAGCAGCUGGCCGCGAAGCCAGAGAACCAGGCCCACGCCAUGACGGCCAUCUGGCUGCCCGAGGGUCUGGCCCCACCAGACGUGCUCCCGGGACUGCUGAAGCGGGGCGUCAUCUUUGCAGCGGGUCUGCAUAAGGAGGCUGCGACCAAGUACAUCCGGUUCGGACACAUGGGCGUCAGCGUCUCCGACCCUGCCCGCAAGGACAUUGACAACGCCGUUGCUGCUCUGAAGGAAGCCAUGACGGAAGCCAAGCAGGCCAAGGGACUGUAA